CUACAUCUGGAAGAAACUACAAUACAGAAAAGGAGCGCACACCUAUGAUCUGAGACUGGAAGACACGGGCUUCUGACACAGAUCUUGACAUGGGAUGACACAGGCUUUUGAUCCAGACCUACAGGCAUAGUAGCCAUGAAAAGCUUAAUCCCAUGCAAGGGUAUAGUCACCUAUGAAGAUGUGCAUGUGAACUUCACUCAAGAAGAGUGGGCUUUGCUGUAUCCUUCUCAGAAGAGUCUCUACAAAGAUGUGAUGCUGGAGACCUAUGGGAAUCUUGCUGCUAUAGGCAUGAAAGAAGUCAUACUGAAGAGCAACCCUCUGAGUUUAUUCAAUGUGAUAAAGCCUUUGCAUUUCAGAGUCAUAACCAAAGAAAAGAAAGAAUAUGUGCUAGAGAGAAACCCUGUGAAGGUGGCCAACAUUGUGAAGACUUUGCAUAUCACAGUAGUCUCCAAAUACAUAAAACAACACUUGCUGGAGAGAAAACCUAUGAGUAUAACCAAUGUGGUAAAGACUUUGUAUCUCACAGAUAUCUUCAAAGGCAUAAAGGAGAGAAACGUUACAAAUGUAACCAAUGUGGUAAAGCUUUUGCAUGUCAAGGUGGUCUCCAAAUACAUAAAGGAAUACAUACAGGAGAGAAAACUCAUGAGUAUAAUCAAAGUGUUAAAGUCCUUGGAUGUCAAAGUGGACUGCAAUAUCAUAAAAGAACACAUACAGGAGAAAAACCUUAUGAAUGCAAUCAAUGUGGUAAAACCUUUGUAUAUCACAGCUCUCUUAGAAAACAUCGAAGAACACAUACUGGAGAGAAACCCUUUGAAUGUGACCAAUGUGGUAAAGCAUUUGCAGGAAAUAGUCAUCUCCUGAGACAUAAAAUGAUACAUACUGGUGAGAAACCCUAUGAAUGUAACCAAUGUGGUAAAGACUUUGCACGUCACAAUUCU